GCGGGAGCCGGGCCUGCCUGUGGCUGAGACCGCGCGCGCGGCUCGGGGCCGGUCCGCGUGGCCUCUGGGGUCAGCCACACCGCGGGUGGGCAACGUCCCUUCUCUGGACCUCAAUUCCCCCGUCUGUAAAACGGGGGCGAGAACAGAGCUUCAGGGCAGUACCGCCUGUGAGUCCCUCCUGAAAGCCCUCCCCCUGUGGGUCUGACCCGGUCUGGGGUCCAAACGCAGCGAUGGACUCGCUGGCAGCGCCCCAGGACCGCCUGGUGGAGCAGCUGCUGUCACGGCGGACCCGGGCCCAGAGGCGGCUCAAGGAUAUCAACAAGCAGUACGUGGGCUUGGUCACACUGCCCGAUCAGGUGCACCAGAAGUCUGUGAAGAAGGGCUUGGAUUUCACUCUUAUGGUGGCGGGUGAGUCGGGCCUGGGGAAGUCCACGCUGGUCCACAGCCUCUUCCUGACCGACUUGUACAAGGACCGGAAGCUGCUCAGUGCCGAGGAGCACAUCAGCCAAACGACAGAGAUCCUGAAGCACACGGUGGACAUUGAGGAGAAGGGGGUCAAGCUGAAGCUCACCAUUGUAGACACACCGGGCUUCGGGGAUGCUGUCAACAACUCUGAGUGCUGGAAGCCCAUCACCGAUUAUGUGGACCAGCAGUUUGAGCAGUAUUUUCGUGACGAGAGUGGCCUCAACCGCAAGAACAUCCAAGACAACCGCGUGCACUGCUGCCUCUACUUCAUCUCCCCUUUUGGACACGGGCUGCGGCCAGUGGAUGUGGGUUUCAUGAAGGCUCUGCAUGAGAAGGUGAACAUUGUGCCCCUCAUCGCCAAAGCUGACUGUCUCGUCCCCAGCGAGAUCCGGAAGCUGAAGGAGCGGAUCCGGGAGGAGAUUGACAAGUUUGGGAUCCACGUGUACCAGUUCCCUGAAUGUGACUCUGACGAGGAUGAGGACUUCAAGCAGCAGGAUCGGGAACUGAAGGAGAGUGCGCCCUUCGCGGUUAUCGGCAGCAACACAGUGGUGGAGGCCAAGGGGCAGCGGGUCCGGGGGCGACUGUACCCCUGGGGGAUCGUGGAGGUGGAGAACCAGGCACACUGCGACUUUGUGAAGCUUCGCAACAUGCUGAUCCGCACACACAUGCAUGAUCUCAAGGACGUGACAUGCGACGUGCACUAUGAGAACUAUCGCGCGCACUGCAUCCAGCAGAUGACCAGCAAACUGACCCAGGACAGCCGCAUGGAGAGCCCCAUCCCCAUCCUACCACUGCCUACCCCGGAUGCUGAGACAGAAAAGCUCAUCAGGAUGAAGGAUGAGGAGCUAAGGCGCAUGCAGGAGAUGCUGCAGAAGAUGAAGCAGCAGAUGCAGGACCAGUGACCCCAACCCAGCCCCGCAUUGCCAUGGAUAUACUGCCAGUUUCCAGGCUGGCCCUUCCCGUCCCUGGACCCCAACUGGCCUGGACUCCACCCUGGAAUAAUCUGGAUGUCCCACAGGCCUGGGCACACCCCCAGUCCCGGAAUAGUCCAGACCAGGACUGUUCCCGACUAUUCCCAACCUGACCCAGAGAUGCAGGCUCAUAGCCCCCAAACAACCCUAAUUUAUUCUCAGCACCAGUCCCUCCCCUUAUUUGUAUCUGCUUCCAAGGGGCCUGGACAGCAGCCCCCACAGCUGGCCCUCUUUGGCCUCGGGGGAACAGGAGCUAAUUUGGGCCAUGACUUUUGAGAUCUACCCCUGCCCCAGAAGGUCAUGAACUCCGACUCCAGGCCCUACUCAGGUAGGGGGGUAAAACAAGGCAGAAUAGGGGAGCAGAUUCUCGGCAUCCCAGGUCUAUUUCUCCAUCCCAGUGCCACAGAGUGGACGUGGGAACCCUCAUGUGCCCCCUCCCUCGGGCCACCCAGCUUACGCUGAGGCCUCACUUUGUGCCGAGGUGGGCCAGUCCUUCCCUACCUCCUCACCCCUCACUGGGUAGCUCAGUGGCAGGUUGGGCAACAGAAGCGCUUAGGAUCCCUCCAGACCGAAGGAGAGCAGCUGGCUGCAGGCAAGGAUCUCCCGGGGCUGGUGGGGCAGGGACGCCUGCAAUUGCCCAAACUCCUCAUCUAGGGCUGUGGCCUGGCCUGAGGGCUCCAGGAACAGUGGGUGCUGGGCAACCUGGGAACCCCCCACCCCUAGACUGCCAUUCCCUGCCUGUGGCUGGAGGUCCUUUCUCCCCAGCAGCACUGUUGCCCUGGGUUGCCUAGUCCAUCCCUCCCCCACCCCCAGCAUGAUACCUUCCCCCCC